UAGAUUUAUUUGUACCUUUUUCAAGAUCUAAAUUGGUGUUUAUUUUUCCAUGUUCUUUGCGCUGUGUUGCAUCUGAAGUGUUGUCCAUCAUAAAUUUUUUAUUUCCUUUGUCAAAAUGUGUUUCCAUUGAAACAUAAGUAAUAAAAAACGCUGGACAUUUUUUUUUUUUUCUUUUUGAGGUGAAUGGCAUGUUGCUUAGUAUUUUUUCUAUCUUCAAUUUUUGCAUAUAUUUUGUAGUCGGUAUGUUUUUCAUUGCAACCUAAUUGUGUUAGGUUUGGAUGAUGUAUCUUAGAUGCUCUGUAAAGGUCACACAUUAUAUUAAUUUCUGUAAAAACAAAUUUAAAAUGAGUUCCUUUAUUUAGUCGCAAAACACAACUUUGCUCACUCUUGCAAUCAGCAGAACAGUUGACACUAUUUUGAUGAAAUUUGAUUUGUUAGAAUAAGGAAAUCGAAUGUACAGUUUUUAUUUUUUGCUGUGCUAAUAUUCUGGGCAUGUGGACUAAGUAUUUCUUGAUUUGUUAUAUAACGUUUAUUGUGUGUAGGACCCUGUAAAACAUUAUUUUUAAAUGAUACGGGAAAUUCUCAUUUUAAAAGAUACAUUACAAUAUUUCAAUUGAAUUAUUUGUUAAUAAAGUAAAGAUAGAUACAUACCAUUUUGGAACAGUUAUCUGAAAUUCUGGUAUAAUGUGGUCACCCCAUUAUGUUGUCUAAAAGCUUAUGUCUUAAACUUUUUUCAUUUACAAAUCAUUUUUGUAUAGUCAUCCUAAACGCUGGUAAUUUGUUUGUUUCUUGUAGUUCUUUUAAUUGCUUGGGAGAGCAACUAAAUUUGUGUUGAAUUUUUGGAUUAAAUUUUAUGUUCCCUUUCAGUUUUGAACUUUAUAUCAUUUUAAAUAAUAAUCUGGAGCUUAAUUCAGUUUCUGUGGAAACGAGUUAAUUAGUUGUUAAGUCAUUGUCAAAAAUUUUCACUGAGUACAUAGAAAUUAUUCCUUAAUCUCUGCUUUUCCUGAAUUGUACAUCACCGUUAAUGCUUGUGUGCUCCCUUAGACCACCUCGGUGUUUGAUUCGAGACACCAAUGCUACUGAUACAUCCUAUAGUUCUGACUCGGGCUUCUCAUCACGGUCUCCAACCCCAAUCAAACAUCAGAUGGGAGACCAGGGCCCAUCUGAUGAAUCUAAUGAAGAUGCAAAUCAUACCAGCCCAGCAACAGACAACAGCAAAGGAGUCAAGCGUUUACAUGAAGUUUACAGUUCUCAGUCUCAGUGCAGUAAUGGAAGUAGUGGUGAAAAGAAUUCACACCAAUUUUAUCAGUCUGCAAGCCAUGUCCAACAGCAGUCUUCUCAAAAUGUUCAGUUUUACAAUAGGCAAGCAAAUUCCAGCCGUUGUGAUAGUCCUGCAACUCAAUCUUCCCAACAUCAAAGUGGCAGUAACUACCAAAGCAAAAGACGAUAUCAUUCUGGGCGUCACUCUCCUCCACCUAUGCAUCGUCCCCAACGUGGGCGUCGGGUGAAUGGAAUGCUGCUGUCUUUUCCCAGUGGCCUUGGACCAUUCUACACAAUACCUGAUCGCUUUUUGUCUAGAGCUCAUCUUAUUGAAGUGACAAAAACUCCUUCACAAUUACUUUCAGGAGGAGAAUGGGACAAGUUGUCACAAGGAAUAUGGAAUUACUUUAUUACAAAUCAACAGACAGAAGAAACAUACAAAAAGAAAAUGCUCCUUUGGAAAUGUCUGUACAUAUUCAUCAAGACAUCAUUUCCUAGAUAUGGACUCUUUUUGGUGGGCUCCACUAUGAGUGGUUUUGGGAGUGACAAGAGUGAUGUGGAUAUGUGCCUUCUCGUGCGCCAUGCUGAGAUGGACCAACGGAAUGAGGCAGUUAGUCAUCUUGAGCAGAUGCUCAAAUAUCUUAAACGUUGUGAAUUUGUGGACCAGCCUGAGUUAAUUCAAGCAAAAGUGCCUAUUCUAAAAUUCCGUGACGCACAUCAAGGCCUUGAAGUAGAUCUAAAUUGCAAUAAUGCUGUGGGCAUUCGUAAUACUCAUUUAUUGUAUUGUUACUCUCAGAGUGGAGUGUCACCUCCAGUGUUGCCUUGUUUGCAUGGAUUGUACCAAGAAAAGUUCACUCCUCAUUCGGAUAUUCUUAUGAUAGAUAUCCAUGAAGACAUGCGUCCAUUCAAUUCUGAAAAUACUCAGUCUCUUGGUGAACUUUUGCUUCAGUUUCUUCAGUAUUACGUAGAAUUUGAUUUUAGUCAGUAUGCAAUCUCAGUUCGUCUUGCUGCAAGGGUACCCAUAGAUGAAUGCCGUAGAGCUCGUUCAUAUAAAAAUGAUCCUCAUCAGUGGAAAUAUCUUUGUAUUGAAGAACCAUUUGAUCUUACAAAUACUGCUCGGUCUGUGUAUGAUCGAGAUGUUUUUGAAAAAGUGAAAGCAGUAUUCCUUGCUUCAUUCAACAACUUGAAGAAAACUAGAGAUGUUUCAAGUAUAUUCAAUAUUGAGAAACAGGACCUUGUUACUACAGCUUCUGGUGAAUGAAGUCUCCCUCGGAAUAGAUGAGGAUUGAAAGUUGGAGAGGUUCUUUUGUGUGUACAAAUUUCAUAUUUUUAGUGAUUGCUCUAUUCUUGCCUUGCUGAAGGUUGUGAACAGAUUUUGGCCCAUUCCAAGAAUAAUAGUAAAAAUGCAUGUUCAGAUAGGGUAAAAAUAUAAUGGUGAACACAACAUUUGUUUGGAAACUUCUUAAGAAUAUUAUUAGAAGAAAGGGCACAGGGGAAAAUGGUUGUAUGGGGUGGGAAAGCAAAUACAGCAGAGUGAAGUGCCAGAGUUACUACUAGUCCUAAAGUCUAUAUGUAAACCGCUGUGAUGAAGUUUGGAGCUUUAAGAUAUUUAUUAUGUUCCAUUUCCUACAUGCAUUGCUUACUUUAUUAAGUAAAAUAAUAAUUGUAUAUCAAUUUUAUCUUUAAGUAUCAAAAUUCUUUGUAAUAUACUUUCCCUUGUUGAAUUUUUCCUUUUUAACAAGAGUAAUUGAUAGUUCUCAAUGACAUUGUGUUUCAUGGAUGGUAAUAAAUUAUUGAAAAGUGUAAAAAAAAAUUAAAUAAAAUACAAAGGAUUGUCAGAAAAUGUUUGUUGAAGUAAAAGAUCAUUAAAUAUAUUGUAUGUGUGAUCAUGUAACAACGUUGUAUAAUUUAUAUCCUUUAUAAAUAAUUGUGUAUAAUAAGUGAAGACCAUUGUUAUGGACACGAUAAAUAGCUGUUGAACACAAAAAUGGAAAAAAAUACAUUUGGAGUCAAUUAGUAUUUUUUUUAAUUAUGCUGUGGAUGAUGAUAUCUUUUAACAUAAUUUAAAAUUUUAAAAAAAUAAAUAAAAUGUAUGAAAAUUAAUCCAAAAAAAGCAAAAAAAAAAAGCUGUGUGGUAUUUGUGCCUAAAAUUGUAGAGACUUAUUAUUGUAUGCAACAAUUUUCUUCAUCUGUUGCUUGAAUCAAUGCAAUAUGACAGUGCUGUUCUUGUACUGUUCUUUUACAAUGCACUUGGUCAUUCUCCCCAAGUUUUGUGAUACAUGCAUAAGUGAAUGAUCUAGUAUUACUUGCCUACCAUUGCAGGACUAUUAGCAAUAAAUACAAUGAAGCUGUUGUUCUGAACGAAUGACAUUUCUUUUCAUUCUCAGCUUUGUUGGCAAUGACUUUUGGAUAGUAUAUAUCUCUUAUUAUUAAGUUCGUGUGAUAAUGUGCUGUAAAACUUGUACAUAACAUUGAUCAAAACAUAAUAUAUGUUUAACAAAUAUGGUAUUGUUUCUCUAUUUAUAGAACAAGUAACAUAAGCAGUUUUUCAUGAAGGUGCUCUGUUUAUUUUUCUAUGUACAAAGCAUUUCAAUAGUGACAAUGAAGACUUUUGAUGUGUGUACUUGCCUGUUGUGUGACAGUCUUUAAUUUUGUUUGAAAUGACUUGUAAAAUGAUCUCUGAUGGUCAGACUGCUCUGCUGGGAUAGAUGUGUUCAUACGAAAAGUAACUAUUUACAAUCAGUCAUAAGCAUCAUCUGUAAUACAUUCUGAAUUUAGAAUAAGUACUUUGAAAAACCGGGUUGUUCAGGUUGAUGAAAGACAUUAUUUUGAACACUUGGUGUUGAUAUUUAUAAUUUGUAUUGUAGAAUACAAAAAUUCAUCUUCUAAUCAUAGGUGUGGUGUAUUAAAUGAAUUGUGAAAUAGAUAUUGUACGUUAAAAGAAUGGGGAAGAUAAAACUAUUGUAACAGUGCACAGCAACGUAUGUUGAUAAUUAGAAUUGUUAGAAAAUGUAUGUUUGGUGCCAAACUUUUAUUUUCUUGUAACAUAGACCAACGAGCAUUGCAUAUGUACUGUUGAAAAGAGGUCUUUUAAAGGCUUCUUUAAAAUACAUUGUAAGACAAUACACAAUUUGCAUGGCAAUGAAUUGCAGUAAUGAUGAAUAAAGGAAACCAUUGAGCAUGAGCAGAUAAUUGAAUGCAUUUCUAAAAUAAAAAUUCAUUUUUUCAAUUGUUAAUCACAAAAUGUUUCAUUAAUAAGAAUGAAUUAUCUCAUCAUUGCUUAUACAAAGAAGGGAAUUGGCCGGUUGUACUUCAUAGUUGUAUAUAUGUAAGUGAAUUGUUGAACUGAGUGUAGUUGAUAUUUGUAAUUUUAUUUGUCAUUUUCAUCGUUAUUAUAGUUUAUAGAUUUUAUUUAUUAUUCAAAGAAUGGAAGAAAAUGAAAAUAAGCGUUUCUGAUCAAUAUUCUCAAAAAAAACCACUUAAAAUUCAUAUAAAAAGAAAUUUGUUUUUUGUCAGUAUGAGCAGAGUUUGAAAAUAUGAAUUUUAGUACCUGAUAAUUCCGUAAUGAAUCAAUAGCUUUAUUAUUUAUUACUUUAUCAGUUAACAUGCAUGUUGAAGAUAAAGUAAAUGAACAUUAUAUUGGAUAUGUAUUAUUUACUUGUGUAAACUGGUCAGUGUGUAUCGUGAUUUGAAAGAAUUGAAAAAACAUAUUCCAAACAUUGACUCUUUAGAGAUUUAUUUCAGUAUUGGUUUGACUGCCUGGAUUGGUUACCUACCUUUGAACCCUGAUUUCAUAAAACUGGUACCUGUAGAAAUGCAUAAUGUUAAUAAAAAGCAAUAAAUGCAGCUGUCGAGGAUG